UCUGUUUUAUCUUGAUAUUACUCUGCUAUAUACUCCAACCUCCCCGAUAUAUACUCCGCACCACCUCCACUCCUAUCCCGAACUCUCAACAUCAUAAUCUCAUAUUGUCACCCUCCAAACUACUACUCUGCUAUAACACCAUGAUCCCCCUCCCCACCCCCUUCUCCCAGAUCCCCCGCUACCCCCUCCUCUACGCAACCCCCUCCCCCAUCCACCCACUCCCAACCCUAACCAGAACCCUCCUCCAAUCCCGAUACACAACCCCCAAGACCACCACCAACAAGAACAUAAACACAAACAUAAACAUAACCCUGUACCUCAAACGCGAAGACCACGCCUCCCCGCUAACCUCCAGCGGCAACAAAUACCGCAAAUUCGAGUACCUAAUACCAGACAUUCUCUCCCCGACACCCAAAUACGGCUCUCUAGCACCAGGACCCGAUCACGGCACCCUGACAUCCACCACAGCAUCCCCAGAAGAAGACCAACAGAAACCACAUAAUCAUCACAAACAGAAAAGAAAAGAUUCAGUAACCCUAGUAACCGAAGGCGCCCUCCAAAGCAACCACACCAUCCAAGUAACCAGCAUCGCGAACCACCUGAGCCUCCCACGGCCGGUGAUUAUCCUCCACAAGGCGACGGGGGGCGGAUACGCCCAAGUACCAGACAAGAGUCUGUUCGAGAGGACGGGAAAUGUGCAGGUUGCGAAGUUGUUAGGGGCUGAUGUGAGGGUCUUGGAUGAUUCGUCUACUGUGUCUACAACGUCUACAAAUACAGAAGAAGACGAAGACCAAGAUGGGGUCCACUCGAUCUUCUCAACCCUCCAAUCCGAAAACAAACAUCCCUACUGGAUCCCCUCCGGCGCAAGCCUCCACCUCCUAGGCGGACUGGGGUACGCGCGAUGCGCAUUCGAAAUAGCGUACCAGGAAACUCAACCACAACCACAACCACAAUCACAGCUCGGGGCUCCCAAUCUCGGAAGAAUGGACUACAUCUUCGUGGCAUGCGGCAGCGGGAGUACCCACGGGGGAUUAAUCGCGGGAUUAAAGCUCCUCGAGAGGCACGAACAGAAAGAUACUAGCACUGCCCGCCGCCCUUCCCGAAAAGUCAUCGGCGUGCUCACGUCCCCAACACGCCCACGCAGCUACCACGAGAACAGAGUAUUGCAGUUUGCGCGCCAAGCGGGAAGACUCAUCGGGAUCGAGGAUGUGGAGAGGGAGAUAACGAUGGAGGAUGUGCAUGUUGAUGAGCGGUUCGCGGGCACGGCGUAUGGGGAGGUGGAUGAUGCGACGGGGGAUAUGGUGCGGUUGAUGGCGAGGGAGGAGGCGGUGUUGUUGGAUCCGGUGUAUACGGGGAAGGUGGCGAGGGGAAUGGUGCAUUGGGUUAGGGAGGGGGAGGUGGAUAGGGAUUGGGUUGCCAGGGGGGGAGGCGAGGGAGAUGGGGUUGGUGUUAAUGUGUUGAUGGUGCAUACGGGGGGACAGUCUGCUUUGAGUGCGUAUGCGGAUGUUGUGUAG